AUGAAUGUGUCGGAAGCGUGUGCAGUGGAAAGUCUCGACCGACGGUGGUACCUGGUCGCCGUGUGCGGGACCGCCCUUUCCGUCCUAUCCAUUGUCUCCAAUAUGCUCAUUUCAAAGGUAUCCUUCUGGAAUUCUCUCACUAUCUUCAACUUUAAAGAACUCUUUCAGGUGCUGCUUGCCUCCAAACACACUCACUUCUACUUCCUGGCCUUGCUCGCACUUUCCGACUGCUUUCUCUCACUCAACUACGGCCCGGUGAUAGCAAUGGAUAUCAUCAAAGACCGUGUGAAACUAAUAUGGCUCACGAACCUCUAUCUGCAGUACGUGGGACCGCUUCUGGCGCUCUGUCAGACGUCGAUGACGUUCUCCUGCUACCUCAUCAUCUUGGCGACCAUCGAGAGAUAUCUGAUCACGCUCCGAGCAAAGUGCUUGGGAACGUUCCGACAGUGCAGAGGCCUCUCCGCCUUCUGCAUGUUCAUUCUUGCACUUUUGCUUCGUGCUCCGAUCAUAUUCGAGAUGCAGAUCGAACAGAACGAGCAGUGCAUCGGAGAGAUCAGCGAGUAUUAUCUGAAUUUGUCGCCGAUUGUGUACGACUUCUGGUAUGGAACAGUCUACAGGUUCUACAUAAGGUAGGUCUCGUUUGUGCUCCCUCUCUUUAUGUUGAUCGUUCAGAAACAUCAUGACUGUCCUGGUUCCUUUCGCUCUUCUGGCUAUUCUCAACUACAAGAUUGUGAAGAUUCUGAGAAUGCAGCAGAGAUCCGCUCAAAUGUUCCGAUUUCUCUCCAGUGACCACAAGGUAAGGCAUCUAUUGGAUCUCCAAAAUAACAUAAGUUUGCAGACGAAAAUCCGCUCGGCGACUAUUCUGAUGGUGUGCAUCGUGUUCUCGUAUCUGCUCGCUAACAUUCUGAAUGUCGGCGUGACUCUGUGGGAAUAUGUGGCCUUCCAAUCUACACAGACCGGAGAAGCUUAUGCCGUAAGACUCACAUUUCUCAUGACGUGGCAAUACCUUUUAUCAUAUUUCAGUUCUACGAAACAUGCACCGACGUCACAUCGGUUCUGUACAUCCUGGUCUGCGCGACGCGUCUGUUCGUGUACUACAUGUUCAAUCAGGAGAUUCGGGAGGCCAUCAAACCGCUCGUCUGCCACAGCGCCAGUGCUCCUCGCAAGCAGGACUAUGUGACUGUCACCCGCAGUUUGUGAGUUUUCAUCUACUUUCCAACCAACUAUUUCGAUCCCAACUUUCCUUGAAUAUGGAAUCUCGAAUCUAGCAGCUGUGACGCUCAAUUUCAGGCAAUCCAUGCCGUUGGCGGUAGUGGGCGCUCUUUCGUUGCUCGGUCCCAAUCAGACCGACGUCGUAGGUUCAGCCAGAAACCAAAAGUAGGGAACUCUCCGACUGCAUGAGAACUGUCUCUCUCUCUCUCUCUCUGACUACUUCCUUUAUGAUCCUAUCUCCCUCCUAACUCGCUUCUUUCCUCACCUAGGUUCUUCUUUUUCAUUCACAACACCUCUUUUAUCACGAACACUUCACUUUUUCUCUCAAUCGAUCACUCUUUCAGCGAUUCGUCUCGUCAGAUCGGAACUGAAAUCGACGCCGUCGCCAUUGCGAUCGCACGAAGACUGCUGUCGAACGAACUGGUGUUCACGAGCGGAGGAAGCAAAGAAACGACCGACUCGUUCGUCAUCUCAAAUCAGCACGCGACGGAUGCGGACGACGACGACGACGAGGACGAAGACGACGACGAGAUUCCGCACAUGGUCUAG